AUGUCCUCUACUUCGAACACUCAUAAUAAUAAGUGCUUUUGUAAUGAAUGCAAAAAUAACCAAGAAGGUUACAGUCUAGUUCAAAGACGAACUGCUCAACGCCAUACCAAAAAAACAAGAUAUAAAGCCUUCGAAAAAAAUACAUCUGCUCAAAGCAGCUCAAUGGAAGUUGAUGUUGAAACUUUUCUGUUCCAGGAAGCAGGCCCCUUGGAAAUAUUGAUCAGUCAGACUAACUCACCUUUUUGGAAAGCCAAUAUUAUGUCUGAAAAUGACGACAUGACUAUUGACAAUGACACAGACAAUGACAAAGAAGAAAGUGAAGAGGUCGAAGAUAUUAUUGAAAUCAAGGUCAAAGAUAUUGUUGAAAUCAAGGUCAAAGAAUUUGAUAAUGAAGACCCUUUUGCCACCCCCAAUAUGCCUGAGAACCCAGUGCACAGGUUCAUUACUACUUUUGUGGUAAUGUUUGCUUCCCACUAUGUGGUCAACAAGGGUGCUGUUGUCUUGAUCAAGUUCAUCAACAAGCUCUUAACGAUUUACAAGCAGGAUUUCCAAUUGCCCUUGAGCCUUUCUGGUCUCCAAUGCAUGACAGGUUUCUCCGCCAUGAACAAAGGCGUUCAAAGAUUCCUUGUGUGUCAGGACUGCCACAAGGUAUAUGAGGAAAGUGCAUUGGCUCCUUCCCAUUGUGACUCCAUGAAGCUUGGCAUGCGUUCUGCAUGCAACUGUUAA